GCUGUGGGAGGAGCGGCUCCGCAGUGAGUGAGAGACAGACGAACAGAGAGGGAGAGGGAGAGAGGAAGAGACGGGCGGCGGAGGGGCUGUUCGGGACGGUCCGGGAGUCGGGAGCAAUGGGCGGCUCUCAGAGCGCCCACAGCACCAGCGGCGGCGGCAGUGAGGGCUAUCACAUCCACGGGGUUCAAGAUGAUUCCCCAGCCCAGAAAGCUGGCCUGGAACCCUUCUUUGAUUUCAUCCUCACUGUGGGCAACACCAGACUGAACCGGGAAAAUGACACUUUGAAGGACUUGCUGAAAGCUAACGUGGAGAAGGCUGUGAAGCUGGAGGUUUACAGCAUGAAGGUCGCCAAGGUCCGAGAGGUGGAGGUGGUGCCCAGCAACAUGUGGGGUGGGCAGGGCCUGCUGGGAGCCAGCGUCCGCUUCUGCAGCUUCCAGGGCGCUCACGAACACGUCUGGCACGUGCUGAAUAUUGAGCCGAACUCUCCCGCGGACCUGGCUGGCCUGACCCCGCACACAGAUUAUAUCGUAGGCGCCGACCAAGUGAUGCAAGAGUCUGAAGAUUUCUACAACCUGAUCGAGCUCUACGAAGGGAAGCCCUUGAAGCUGCUGGUCUAUAACAGUGAGCUGGACAAGUGCAGAGAGAUUGCAGUCACGCCCAAUGGCGCCUGGGGAGGUGAAGGAAGCCUGGGUUGCGGGAUUGGUUACGGCUACUUGCACAGGAUCCCCUGCUUCCCACCCGGGCCGGAGGAAACCAAACCCGAUCUCUCGCCACCUCCGGCAGCAGCAGCACCAGCACCAGCCAGUCCAGCACCACAGCCUCCGGAGGACGGAUACGCGGAGGCAUCGCUCAUGGCCACCGGCGCUUCGAGUGACCGAAUGGGCGACGGGCCAGCCGGGCCGGAGCAGGGAACUCCUGACCUGGAGCAGGGAGUGUCAGACCUGGAGCAAGGAAUGCCUGACCUGACGAUGGAAAGCUCGCUCCCCCCACCUCCUCAUCCGCCGCCGCCUCUCCGACGAGUCAUGGAUCCAGAUAGUUCCCCCGUACCCGCAGAGGCCUGUGAGCCCCACAACCUGUCCGGGGUACUAGAUCCGUCAGCUGCGAUCACAUCCUCCUCGGCUUUAGUCGGGACGACAGACAGCGCUCCGGGAACGGACGGCUCGCUCACACAGGGUGAGCUCAGUGCCCACUCGGACCAGCCCUGCCAAGUUGCAGCCGAGGUUCCGGCCGCGGACAGCACCGUGCCGCUCGCUGCCCCGGCCGCUGAGGAAGCCGCUGAGAGCCCACCGGUCUUCGAGACGCCCACCCCAUCGCUUCCGGCGUCACCCGGCCCCCCGCCUCUCCUCCCCGGGGAGCAGGACCAGCCUCCGCCCUCGCUGCCGCCGCCGGAGACGGAGAAGGUCGCCCCCCACGAACCCCCGGCGACCGAAGAGGAGCCGCGAAGCCUCGCGGCGGAGGAGGUCUCGGGGGGAGAAAAUGAGAGCGAUUAGGACUCCUGCGGCCUAGUGUUCUCGACCCGCUUUGCUCUUGUUCGCACCGCCGGGAGCUACAUUAAGAAACGCAAGCGUUCGGGCGGCGAAGCUGCUUAAUUUCGCAUCGUAGUAGGCACAGAAAAAGGGGGCGAUUAGGACGUCGGCUUUCCACCCCUCGCCUCGUCACACUAAGUCAGCCCAUCACUGCAGAAUAUUCCCCUGUUGAGCAGAAGCAAUAAGGAGAUGGUUGAAAUACUAUCGGUGUAAUACUAAUGUCUCCUCGACGGGCGGAAUCCGCCUUAAUUUCCCCCCCCCCCCCUCCCCGUUACCUCUCGCGACCUCUGCGUGCCUUCUCCUGGUAAGGAGCCGACUUUUUAAUAUAUAUAUAUUAUAUUAAAAGAAACGCUCUCCGCUUUCACUAAAGACUUGGGAUUUAUACGUAGACCGUAGGCCUCGCAUUUCGCUUUUCCCGCAAGUGAGAGCCGUUCCGCCCACGGGGGGCCGGUGGUGUGGAAUAAUCUCACCGACCCCCUGGGGCUCCCGGCUUCUGAGAGCCGGCUUGUAACUGGGCUUCGAGAGCGUGUGAGCAAUAACGGUUCAGUUCACCCCGAGAAAAAACAAUGACGGCAUCUAUUAACCCACCUGCGAAACAGACUUUAAAUGACGAAUGAGAGAAUCCUACUGUCCGAUCAUUGACUAGAAAUUUCCCCGGUGAUAAUCUCGCCGUCACUCUUUGGUUUCGGUGUUUUUCUUUUUUUUUUACACACACAGCGCCAAUUUUAUGUCAUGUGUCGUUGCCAAAUGCCGAGGGUAUCUACGGCCCCCCCCACCACCCACAGCGCUGCCCCCAGAGUUUUAUUAUUUCUGUCGUCGUUAACACUCUUUACAGUAGAACCAAAGUGGUGGCAAAGAGGGAUGUGUGUGGUGGGUCCUGACUGACCUGCGACAAGCGUCUGCGAGCGGCAGUUUCUAUCGACGCAUUUUUUUUUGUGGAAAAAAAAGGAUAUUGAAAAGCUAUUUCCAGUAAACGCGGGGAGCGCUGCUGUACGAGGUGAAGGAGGGCACAGGGUCGGGGGGGUGAGGGAGGGAGGGGAAAGGGGAGAGCGUG